CGCUUGGCGGCGGGCGUUUCCCACUCUGCCCCGCGGCAGAUUGUACACAAUCAUCAUGGCCGCCGCCGCGUCUCCCUCCGCCGAUGGUGCCGAGGAGCCGGGCAUGGAGGCGGAGGAGCUACCGCUGGGCUGCGGCGGCGGCGGGGAGGGCGGCGCGGCGGCGGGGCGGCCUCCGGAGGCGGAGGAGCGGCCCGACCUCUCGCAGGCGUCUGUCAGCAACGGCAGCGACUCGGAGAGCGGGAAGGAGCUGGUGGAGCUAAAGGUCAUCUGGAACAAGAACAAGUACGACGUGAAGUUCCGCCUGGACAGCACCGGGGCCGACCUGAAGCAGAAGAUCCACUCGCUCACAGGCCUUCCACCUGCUAUGCAGAAAGUUAUGUUCAAGGGACUUCUACCAGAGGAGAAAACGUUACGAGAAAUCAAAGUGACGAAUGGUGCAAAGAUAAUGGUUGUUGGAUCUACUAUCAAUGAUGUUUUAGCAGUAAACACACCUAAAGAAGCUGCUCAACAGGAGGUCAAGGCUGAAGAAAAUAAAAAGGAGCCCCUUUGCAGACAAAAGCAACACAGAAAAGUAUUGGAUAAAGGCAAGCCUGAUGAUGUGAUGCCUUCUGUUAAAGGUGUUCAGGAGCGCCUGCCAACAGUGCCAUUAUCUGGCAUGUACAACAAGUCGGGGGGGAAAGUAAGAUUGACUUUUAAACUUGAGCAAGACCAGCUAUGGAUUGGUACAAAAGUGAUGUGCAACUGCAGAAACUAUGACAUGUGUUGCUGUGCAGAGGAAUCAGUUUACCGUCUUGAGUGGUGCCAGGAGGAGCUGAAAGUGCUGUGGUGAUAACAUGCAUUGCUGAGGACGUCUCAGAUAAUCCCCCUGCCUCCAAAGGAAGCUGUGCCCCUUUAAUUUGACCAGGAUGGGGCAAUAUUAUAAUAAUGAGCAAGAAGAAUAGAAGUGCUUGCUCACUGUCCCAGUAAAAUAACCUAAUUGGAUGGUAAUAUUAGCUUUGGAUGGCACCUCCAGCUGCUGCGUUAUUUCCAAAGUAAGCAGAAAUCUCUGAAGUUUUUGACCUUUCAUAUGUAGGACGAACUUGAUUGUGAAGACUUUUUGGCUUUAAAAUCUAUUUCAGUGCCAAUUGCAGAGAUUUCUCCUGGGCUAAGUGAUGGAGGGAGACCUUGUACUUUUUCUUUUCCUCAUAGGCUGGGCGGCUGAGUUUUUUCAUUAUUGAUGGUGUGUUCUAA